AUGCUUCUUCGUAGUCUUCUUCAUGGAGCUGGUCGUUAUACUGCUCGAUCAUCAUUUCGUAAUGCAACAACAGCAUUACAAACAAAUCCAACAGUAACAUUUGAACAAACACUUUUAAAUGUUCCUGAAACUCGUGUAACAGCAAUUAAAAAUGGUUUACGUGUUGCAUCCGAAGAUUAUGGAAUUCCAACAUGUACUGUUGGUGUUUGGAUUGAUGCUGGAAGUCGAUUUGAAACAGCACAAAAUAAUGGUACGGCUCAUUUUCUUGAACAUAUGGCAUUCAAAAGUACAAAUAAACGAACACAACGUGAUCUUGAAGCUCAAAUUGAAAAUCUUGGUGCACAUCUAAAUGCUUAUACAUCACGAGAACAAACUGCUUAUUAUGCUAAAUGUUUCAGUAAAGAUUUACCACAAAUUGUUGAAAUUUUAUCGGAUAUAAUUCAAAAUAGUCAAUUUAAUGAAGAAGAAAUUGAACGUGAACGUCAUACAAUUUUAUGUGAAAUGGAAGAAAUAGAAAAUAAUCUUCAAGAUGUUACUUUUGAUCAUUUACAUGCAACUGCUUAUCAAGGUACACCAUUAGCUAGAAGUGUUCUUGGUCCUACAGACAAUAUUAAAUCUAUUAAAAAAGCUGAUUUACUUAAAUAUGUUGGAACACAUUAUAAAGCACCACGAAUGGUUUUAACUGCUGCUGGUGGUGUUAAUCAUGAUCAAUUAGUUCGUUUAAGUGAAGAACAUUUUGGAAAAUUAAAAGCUGGUUAUGAAGGAGAAGUACCUGAUCUUUUGCCAUGCCGUUUUUCGGGUAGUGAAAUUCGUGUUCGUGACGAUGAAAUGCCAUUAGCUCAUAUUGCUGUUGCUGUUGAAAGUACAGGUUGGGCUCAUGCUGAUACUAUUCCGUUGAUGGUUGCAUCGACUAUUGUUGGUCAAUGGGAUAGAUCAAUGGCUGGUCGUGGUCAUGUCGCUGCACGUCUUGGUCAACAAUCCGUUAUUUACAAUUUAUGUCAUUCAUAUCAAUCAUUUAAUACAUGUUAUACUGAUACGGGAUUAUGGGGAACUUAUUUAGUUACUGAUAGAAUGCGUAUUGAUGAUGCUAUGUCUGCAUUACUCGAUGAAUGGUGUCGUAUUGCAACAGCAUGUACUGAUAUUGAAGUAGAACGAGCUAAGAAAUUAUUUAAAACAAAUUUAUUAUCAACACUUGAUGGAUCAACACCAAUUUGUGAAGAUAUCGGACGUCAAUUACUUUCAUAUGGUCGACGAAUUCCUUUACAUGAACUUAGUGCACGAAUUGAUGCUGUUGAUGCAAAAACAGUGAUGACAGCUAUGAAACAAUAUGUUUACAAUCAUUGUCCAGCUAUCGCUGCUGUUGGUCCAAUUGAACAAUUACGAGAGUAUAAUCGACAACGCAGUCGAAUGUAUACCAUCACACAUUAA